AUGGCUAGUUCAAUCUCACCAUGGUCCUCUCCCAUUGCUAUAACUUGUUCCAACACACGAAACCGUCGCUAUCGUUUACCCACACGCACUAAAACUAAACCUCCUCCAAACCCUAAACUCAACACCAAGCAUACAUCUCCGCCUGAACCGCUACUCCUCUCAGCCGCCGAACCCACCACCUACAUCCGUCUCCCUCUCAAAGAAGACUAUUCCUCGUCCUUCUCUCCUUCCUCCCCCGAAAUCAAACUCUCCGAAUCAGCACCAAUUCACCAAUUUCUCCACAAAGAUGAAAUUGAAUAUGAUGGUGAAGAGAUCAAUGGUAAUUUCGAUGGAAUUCAGGAAUCUGAGUCUGAAGAUGAGGAAGAAGUUAUGUUUAUGGAUGAUGAGAAUGAGGAGAUUAAUGACGAAUUUUGGAGUGAGGAAACGGAGGAUGAGGUGAAGGAGAAAGGGUUACCGGCGGUUAUGAGAUGUUUUGACCGGGCAAAGAUAUAUGUAAGGGCCGGAGACGGAGGGAACGGAUCAAUGGCAUUCCGGCGCGAGAAAUAUGUGCCGUUUGGAGGGCCGUCCGGAGGGGAUGGAGGGAGAGGUGGUAAUGUGUAUUUGGAAGUUGAUAGAGCAAUGAGUUCGUUGUUACCGUUUCGGAAUGGGAUUCAUUUUCGGGCUGGGAGAGGGUUACAUGGGCAAGGAAGGAAGAUGAUUGGUGCUAAGGGGGAAGAUGUGGUGGUCAAGGUGCCUCCUGGGACGGUGGUUAGAGAGGCUGGGAGUGAUGUGGUGCUGUUGGAGAUGGUGUAUCAUGGACAGAAAGCGUUGUUGUUGCCGGGUGGUAGAGGUGGGAGAGGGAAUGCUGCUUUUAAGUCUGGGAAUAAUAAAGCUCCUAAGAUUGCGGAGAAUGGUGAAGAAGGUCAUGAAAUGUGGUUGGAGUUAGAACUCAAACUGGUUGCAGAUGUUGGAAUAGUUGGCGCUCCAAAUGCAGGAAAAAGUACACUUUUAAGUGUUGUUAGUGCUGCAAAGCCAGAGGUGGGAAAUUAUCCCUUUACAACGCUACUUCCCAAUCUGGGUGUUGUUUCUUUUGACUACGAUUCAAAUAUGGUAGUGGCAGACCUUCCGGGUCUUCUCGAAGGAGCUCACCGAGGUUUUGGCUUAGGUCACGAAUUUCUGAGACACACUGAAAGGUGCUCUGCACUGAUACACGUUGUUGAUGGUUCAUCACCACAGCCAGAUCUUGAGUUUGACGCAGUUCGUCUAGAGCUGAAGCUAUUUAAUCCUGAACUUGCUGAGAAGCCUUUUAUAGUUGUUUAUAACAAAAUGGAUCUUCCAGAAGCAUAUGAAAACUGGGAAUCCUUCAAGGAAAAGUUGGAAUCUCGUGGGAUCACACCUUUUUGUAUGAGCGCUGUCAAAAGGGAAGGUACUCAUGAAAUUAUCUGUGUUGCUUAUGAGCUUUGGCGUAAAAAUACAGAAGACAAGGAGGAAUAUGAAGAUGGACAAGAUAUGGUAGACAUGAAUCAUAUAGCUCAUGCAGUACAGAAACAACGGAGUGCAUCCAUUAGUGAGUUUGAGAUUUUUCAUGAUAGAGGUUCAAAUGUUUGGAGUGUAGUUGGAUCUGGAUUGCAACGUUUUGUUCAGAUGACAAAUUGGCGGUAUGUUGAUUCAGAGAAAAGAUUCCAAAAUGUUCUUGAGGCUUGUGGUGUGUUUAAGUCUCUCGUGAAACUUGGUGUAAAGGAAGGCGACAAAGUGAUGAUUGGAGAGAUGGAGAUGAUAUGGCAUGACUCCUCAAACAAAACCAGUGCAUCAAAGAUGAAGAUAUCCACAGAUUCAAUUAAGUGGCCUGAACAGAAGUAA